GUCAGUCAAAUGGGCGAGCAGGUAGAGUGCUUUAUGAAGUAUGACUAUGAGUACAAUAUCAAUAUCUACCACCGAUGUCCGACAGGGGCGGCGGUUCGACAAUUAUUUUAUGCUUGAAGAGUGUGUUUGCUUGGGUUUUACCUAGCGAUGGUUUCAUAAUCGCAUCACCAGUGUUGCUGCUGUUGGGAACCAGGAGAACGGAACGGCGCUAUCGUGGGUGUAGUGACUCGUGGAAAUGGAGCCGAUUCCGAAGAAACCCAAAUACGAGAGGAAAAAUUCUUCUCCGAUCGGGUUGGUGAUAGCGGAUGAUGUGACUGGUGCAUGUGAUGCUGCACUGGCCAUAAGCAAGUCGGGUCUGAAUGUCAGCAUUGUACCGGACUACACUAGCUUAGUGCUAACUCAGUCUGUACCGGCACCGGCAGGCUCUGAUGAGGACACACCAUUGCAACAAGCUCAAGUCAUUGUUGUGAGCAGCAACUCGAGAGAGGUCGACAGUCCCGACCUUGACGAUUUCUAUACCACUGUUCGUCGGUUCAUCGAGAACAACAAGGAGAUCCAUGUAUAUCUCAAAGUGGACUCAUCUGUGCGAGGCAAUAUUCCCAAGGAUAUCACGGUGGCUAUGAAGAAUCUUGGACGAAAGCACUGUGUUCUAGCACCAGCCCUGCCAGAGGCUGGCAGGACGACUGUGGGUGGUAUUCACUUGUUGCAUGGGGUGCCCGUCUCAAAGUCGCUGGCUCAAAGCUCAAUGCUAGCCACUGCUAGCAAAGUGCCGGCUGUUCUGGGCGGUGAGGUGCUUCCUGUAGUAAGCAGUCUUGUAGCACUGGUGUGCAGGGAUGGUUACGUAGCAACGGAUGAUGUAAAGCUUGUUAACAUUGACACAGUUCUGGGAGGAAAGGAGGCUGUUGCAUCUUCCCUGUCGCACAUUACAAGCAAUCGCCAAGAGAGCAUCGCCGUUGUUGAUGCUGUAGAGCAAGAACACCUACGUACUCUAGCCCAGGCCGUGGCUAUGCAGCCCCAGAGAAUGCUACUCUGUGGAUCAGCUGGCCUUGCAGCUGAACUUGCCACUGCGUGGAGUGCUGAACGGCAUUGUGACCAGGCUGUGUGCCGGGCACCGCAGCCGGCGCAGGUGCCAACUGGUGGUGAAGUGGUGGUGUUUGUCAUCGGCUCUGAUUCUCCCACCUGCUCAACACAGCUGCACACCCUUCACUCUGCUGUCACAUGCCUGGUGGAGGUGGACUGUGGCCGGGGCACAGCGGGGGGCGUUGAUGCGAAACUUGAAUCUCUACAGAAAGGAGAAUGUCCGACUGCUGUUGUCCUGAGAGCAAGUAUGAAUGAAGGAGCUUCUGAGACGACGAGCAACAUUAUCACCGGACUGUGCACAGUAGCAAAGGAUUUCAUCCUGAGACUUGGUUCGAAACUAGCCGGGUUGGUGGUAUCAGGUGGAUACACUUUGAAAACAUUGCUAUCCAUGCUGCGGAGUGUGCCUACAUCUGCUACUGGUGGAGCGGUGCAACGGUUUGAUGUGGUGGGAGAGAUUAGUUCCUGCACACCUCUACUACGUGCAGUCGGUGGACAGCUGGAUAACCAGCUCAUCGUCACAAAGGGAGGUCGACUAGGUGGUGAUGACGCAUUUCUGCAAGCGUAUCUCAGACUAAAGAAAAAUGAUACACAUGUUUCCCAGGCACCUAUGGACACAUCACAGCGACCUGUAUUGGCUAUUACAAUGGGCGACGUGGCUGGUAUCGGACCAGAGAUUGUGGCCAAAGUGCUGAGUCUGGCUGAAACUUGGCAGCUGUGCCGGCCAAUCGUUGUCGGCAGCAAGCAGGCAUUGGCGGCAGCCAACAAGAUAACUGGCGGUACAAUCGAGCCACUAGAGGUGCAUAGUGCAAGUGACAUCGACUGGACCUCCAUUAGUUCAUUCUUGGUAAUCACAGACAGUGGAUCAGUAACCCAGGGCCGUGUGCCAGUGAUCACCAACGUAGAAUGUGCCUAUGAGCAGAUUGCUCUUGGAAAGGUGUCGCCAUUGGCAGGUCGUUGUGCAGCCGAGUGGGUGAUCAAGGCCGUGCAGCUGUGCGUCAGUGGAGAAGCUGACGCAAUCGUCACUGCACCACUCAACAAAGAGUCCAUGAACAAAGCUGGCUAUGCAUAUGCUGGGCACACGGAGUUGCUGGCCAAACACAGUGGAGCACGCACAUCACGGCUAAUGCUAGCUUCAGAGAAGCUGAAGGUAGUUCAUGCUACCGGUCACUGCAGCCUGGCUGAUGUUCCUAGCAAACUCACUGUAGAGCGACUGUCUGAUACGAUUGUCAUGGCUGGCGAGUUUCUUCACCAGCAGGGCAUGGCAAAGCCGCGCAUAGCAAUCGCUGGCCUCAAUCCACAUGCCGGCGAUGGAGGUCUGUUUGGAGAUGAGGAGCGUACAGUUCUGGCGCCGGCAAUAGCUAAGUGCCGUGCACUCGGCCAUAGCUGGACUGUUAGUGAUCCUAUUCCAUCGGACACUCUCUUCUGUCGCACACUGAAAGGAGAGUUUGACAUUGUGAUAGCUAUGUAUCAUGAUCAGGGCCACAUUCCCGCUAAGCUAACAGAUUUUGGAAGCACAGUGAAUGUGACGCUUGGAUUGCCCAUCAUACGGACCAGUGUUGAUCACGGCACAGCAUUUGACAUCGCAGGCAAGGGUAUAGCAGAUUCAGCAAACCUCCUCCAUGCCAUCCGCCUGGCAGCUAGAAUGGCAAGGAAAUGAUGGUGGUGCGUGUAGCCGGCCGCCUAUGUGAGUAUCAGCCGGGAACGUGUGACACUGCACGGAUACCAGUGACUGAUGGACAAUAAGUCAUACUCACUGACCAGAGUCCUCAUGAUUUCAUUUUCCUACUUUACAUUACUCUCUUUUCUCUCAUUCAAGCGAUUGUUCAGCAAAGACAAUGCUACAUGUAUGGUCACGGCAUUCUGUGGGCUGGUACACUUCAAUCAGUGACAAACAUGCAAGAGAAUACAGUGGGACCUGAAACCUGCGCCCGCUCAAUGUACAGUGUACUAGCCAAAUGUACUAGCCGAAUCAGCUCUCAUUUCAAAGGCGUCCUAUGAUUGAAGAUUGAAGGCUGAUAAUUUGUACCUCCGAGCCAAGGUGCUGCCUAAAGGUGUCCUCGAAUUCUAGGCAUCGGAAUUUCCCAAGUGUCCUUUCUGAGGAUAACAGUUAGGCCCCGCUGUGGUAGUAAUGAUCCACGUACUCCAUGUACGGAUAGUGUGCUGGAUUGUGUAGGUUGUAUGCACAUGCUGGACCACGUCAGCCUCAGGUUAUCUAUUCUCAUCAAUAUCUCAAUAUCAACUCGUGAUGGAAAUGACUGUGAAUCGUACUUUUGUUACCAAGGAUGGUGAUUUGCCAAAAUUGAUGAGUCCAGCACUAGUUCAUAGCUGUUCCCUGGACUCCAAUCUUGUUCACGGUCAUUUUUGAUUGCAGUUUGAUGAUCACAUCUAAGAGUAUCCCAUCCACUGCCGGUGUGGUUUUCAGGCCGUCAUUCUUGAACACGUCUACAUGGUCCAGGAGUGCCAUGAUGCCCCUGCGUCUUGUUCUA